UUCUUCUCUCUAUAAGAAAUAAUUAUAAGAAUAAUAUAAAAAAUUGAAUUAUUAUUAUCAUUAUUAUUAUUAUUAUUAUUAUUAUUAUUAUUGUUUUUGGUAUUGUUGUUGAAGAUGCGUCGCUCUGCAACCAGGAAAACGGGUCAAUCCAAUUCAACCGCUCCGAUCACUUCUUCUGCUGUCGAUCUUUUUCGCUCUGCUUCAAGUAAAGCGUCUUCGAAAGAGAUGGAGCGAAUCGAUAGCUUAUUUUACAGUUAUGCGAACAGGUCUUCUAGCUUGAUUGAUCCAGAAGGAAUUGAAACACUGUGUUCAGAUAUGGAGGUGGAUCAUACUGAUGUGAGGAUCUUAAUGCUAGCUUGGAAAAUGAAAGCUGAAAAACAAGGAUAUUUUACCCUGGAGGAGUGGCGAAGAGGUCUUAAAGCACUGAGAGCUGACACUGUAAAUAAAUUAAAGAAAUCCCUCCCAGAUCUUGAGAAAGAGGUCAAGAGGCCGUCAAACUUUGUUGAUUUCUAUUCCUAUGGAUUCCGGUAUUGCCUAACAGAGGAGAAACAAAAGAGCAUAGACAUAGAGAGCAUCUGUCAAUUACUGGAUCUUGUUUUAGGAUCCCAAUUCCGUGCUCAGGUUGAUUAUUUUAUUGAGUAUCUUAAGAUUCAGAAUGAUUACAAGGUUGUAAACAUGGAUCAAUGGAUGGGUUUUUACCGCUUUUGCAACGAGAUAAGCUUUCCAGACCUUGAUAAUUAUAAUCCAGAACUUGCAUGGCCAUUGAUCCUGGAUAAUUUUGUAGAAUGGAUGCGUGAGAAAAGGACUUAAUUAAGAACCUACUGUCCGUAGGUUGAUUCAAAUUUUCUACUGUAAACCACCAUUGUUAUUGAAGGAGGGCUGUUGAAAACACACAUUAAAACUCCCAGCAAGUUUUAUUUCAACCUCCAUUUUUGUUUAUUUAUAUUCUUUUAUCCAUCACAAAGACAUUAUUUAUUCUUAAGUUCCUCAGUUUGAAGAUAUUAUAGAUAUGCUAGUGAGAGUCAAUUUUAUUUUAGGUGUUCAUAAAUUGAUCCUGUGCGUCAAAUCACUAAGGACAGAAAUGGAAAUAGGAAGAACGGCAGUAGGAUUGAAUAUCUUUUAUACGUUGUUUGGUCGGUUAUGUUUUAUUUAUUAUUGAUAUUAAAAAAGUUAUUGGUAUGCAAUAAAUAUAUAAAUAAUAAGAUACUAUUUAA